AUGAGGUUCGUCCAAUAUAUCCCGACUGGAAUUCCAAACGAAGAUGGUGAGUUCCCAGGAAGGAACUAUACAGUUGGAAAAGUCAUACAACAACUAUAUGAUAUUAGGAAAGCUUCAAACCCCAAACUUGCAAUGACACUCAAAUUGCUUAUGAAUUCGACAUGGGGAUAUUCCAUAAAGAAACCUCAAGAGAUGAAGAGUAAACAUUAUGAGAAGGUCGACAACUUUGUUGAAAGGUUUUCUCCUUUUGUUUUGAAGUACGAAUUCACUCAAGGUCAAAGUGGCUUAGUAACCACAUUAAAACCUAUUGUCGAACAUUGGUCUUACCCUCAGUUCGCAAAAGCAGUCCUUGACAACUACAACAAAUUCUUCUCCGAAGUCAAAUCCAAAGUUGUGGUUUACUAUGAGAACAUCGAUGCACUCAUGACGAACGAAGAAGGAUACAACAAACUCAUUGAAAUGGGUUUAGUCGGUGAGAAGAUGGGCUGUUUUAAGCUAGAUAAGGUAUUUUCCGAAGUUCAUGUCCUCUCCAAGCGUAAGUACUGGGGCAUACUUGAAGACGGCACAGAAAUAAAACAUUGCAUGAAAUAA